AUGGCCGUGCCCGUGAUGUGUAACUCCUGCCUCUGCGAGCCCCGCAAACCCACGCCGCGGUUCGUGCUCACCAGCUGCGGCCACGUUUUCUGUGAGGUUUGCCUGCAGAAAGGCAACAAAGAUGAAUGUUUGAUCUGUAAAACUGCUUGUCAGAYGUUAGUCCUUUCAAAUAAGGUAAGUCCUGAUAUUCAGUCACUGUUCAUGGGAAUACCUGUGUUAUGCAAGAAAUAUUCAAAGGAAAUAUUACAGGUUUCAGAAUUUCAAGAAAAACAUCGUAAGCAUUUAUUAGCAUACCACAAACAAAAGAUAGCAAAGCUGGAAGAGUCUCUCAAGAAAGUGACACAACAAAUGCAUGAGCUACAAUGUAUGAAACCUCCUGAAAAAGCUACACCACUGCAAUUUUCCAGUGCAAACAGAAAUGCAUUUUCCACUUCUUCAAGGAAACAGAAUGUUUAUUCUUCMUAUUCUCUUCAUUCUAGUCAUCCUUCCUCUUCUGAAAGGAUUGAGGCAAUGGAAAUYGAUCCUAUACCUUCACCAAUAAGGAAACUCCAGACACCUACUGGUCCAGCAAGAUUAUCAGUAAUAACUCCACCACAGGAUGGACGUAUGGGGAGUGUAUCCUACAGAAGUUCUCAGACAUCUCUAAUAAUGUCAARUCAAAAUAUUGGAGCAGGAUCUACAAGAUCCACCCCUGUAAGAUUACAACAUAGUGUAUGUCCAUCAUCAUCUGGAUCCCAAAGCAGUAGAAGGGGUUCAUGGGCAAGUUCUGAUUUCAGAACCCCUCAGCUGUAUCCAUUUACAUCACCUUCCCCACAGCUCUCUCAGUCAAGACAUCCAAUCACCAUCCCUGGACUUCUGCAAAGGCAACAGUCAGGAUCAACUAAUUUUGGAGGACAUUCAGCAGAGAGAUGA